AUGGCCAAAAAGAAGGUGGCAAAGGCCAUAAGCAAGACUGCUGCGAAAGCAGCCAAGAAAGCGAAAGCCGUGCAGAAGGUUGAGCGGAAGGAGAAGAAGACAGCGGGGAAGUCGAGAGAGGAGGAGGAGGAUGACCAGGACCUCGAGGGGAUCCUUGACAAGAUGCAAAGAGAGUGGGAGGAGGCGCAUAAGGUCACCGAGGAGCUCGUGGAGGGCCCUCCGAGCCGACGAGCGAACGCUACGUUCACGCCAUGUCCUACUGGAAAUUAUUUGUGGGCGAUUGGUGGGGAGUUCUUCACUGAUGAUAAUAAGGCUUACUUCUACAACGACGUUUUCCGAUAUUCGCCGGAAAAGGAUGAGUGGCGGAAGUUUGUCUCACCGACUUGUCCGGGACCUCGUUCGGCACAUGCGGUCGUUUCCUCCCCUGCUGGAGGCGGAAAGCUGUACCUCUUUGGUGGCGAGUUCUCGUCCCUGUACCAGAACUCGUUCCACCACUACCGUGACUUCUGGUGCUUCGACAUCUCCGCGCAUAUAUGGGAUCGAAUCGAGACCAAAAUGCGGCCAACAGCUCGCUCGGGGCACAGGAUGGCCAUGUGGAAACACUACGUAGUGCUAUUCGGUGGAUUCUAUGAUCCAGGGUUCAAGACCAACUAUCUGAAUGACCUGUGGAUAUUCGAUACUCAGGAGUACAAGUGGCGCCAAGUCGAGUUCAAAGAUGUUGAUCACAAACCCUCUCCACGCAGUGGUUUCUCCUUCCUACCCACUGCAGACGGCAUUCUGUUGCAUGGUGGAUACUAUAAGGAGUACCCCAAGGGGAGUCGGCCAAUCGGAAUCAUGUUAGACGAUACGUGGUUUCUCAGAAUUACUGUGAACGAGGCGAAGGAAGGGAAGUCGUCAGCUGAGCCUUUAUUACUGAAAUGGGAGAAGCGGAAACGAAGGACAACGGCAUUUACACCAUCUCUGCGCUCAGGGUGCACAAUGGCUCUGUGGGCGGCGAAGAACAUAGGGAUUCUCUUCGGUGGUGUUACGGAUGACGACACAAGUGAAGAAACGCUAGAGAGCGUGUUCCAUAACGACCUGUAUGGCUAUCAGAUUACCGGCAGCGGGCAAUGGGUCUCCAUGAUGCUCAAGAAGCCAAAGAAGAAGGGCGGUGGCAGCACGAAGAAGCAGAAGCCUGCAGCUGCAGCUAGUCGAAGUCAGAACGACAUCGAGGACGAGAAUCUCGGUAGUGAUACGGAGUACGGCAGCGAUGAUGAGUCGCCCAGGGAUCAUGCCGUUGCGAACAAGAAAACACCCAUGCCUGCUGGCGAUGACGUGGAUCCCGACGAUCCGGAAAUCACGAGGCCUAUGCCUCGAUACAACGCGAUGCUCGCGGUGCUACGCAACACCUUGUACAUCUACGGUGGUAUUUUCGAGCGACCGUCGCGCGAGUAUACCCUGGACGACUUCUAUUCACUUCAACUGGACAAGAUGGAUCGUUAUACCUGCUUGAAACCCAGCGAUGUCACCAUUGCUACAACCGGCGACGACGAGAGCAGCGACGAGGACGAGGAUGAAAGCGAUGACGAGGAUGACGACGACGAGCAGACAGUCGUGGACGAGCCCAUCGAGGAAGCGCAGAAGCUCGCGAAGGAGCCAGAUGAAGACAUCACAGCAGAAGAAAUGGUAGAACUGACAGAACACGAGGAUGAGUUGCGAUCCAAGGCAACUGCAUUCAUGGGCGUGGCAAAGGAUAACACGCGGUCCGCAGAGGAUGUGAUCAGCACCCCUCUUCCGGGCGAGACAUUGGCUAUGUUUUAUGCCCGAUCACGUGAGUACUGGACACAGAAGGCUUACGGGAGCAGCGACAAUCGCGGAAAGCUACUCCGUAGAGACGGGUUUACGCUCGCAGAGGAACGUUACGCUGCAUACAAGCCCAUACUGCAAGAGGUCGAACGAAUCCUCGCCGAGGCUGGUUUGGAUGAAGAGGAAAUGCGCAAAGGGGCUGCGGCAGGACCUUCAGGAUCCAGUGGUCAGAGUCGGAACCGACGGUAACCUCAAAGCACGCAUUUCUAGAUUUACGCCCUAUGGCCCUGUGAUACAACAUAUGGUCACUGCAGCAUAUCACCAAUGGACAUUCCGAGAUCGAUGCACUGCAAACCUACAUAUUUGCUCUCUCGUUCAGCGUUGUCCUUUUACAUUUCUACAGAGGUGAAAAGGAUGACUUUAUGUCCUUCAGCUAUCCCUCCAAACGGCCCAGUCGUCAACGCCAACAUCCUCUCCAAUAUCCACGUUCUCUCUGGUAGUGUCACCGCUGUCCGAAUAGCACGACGGAUAUGAGAAAUACAGAACGCCACGACUAUCCCAUCCCGACAGUAAAUGACGGAUCUCGUCUCGUGCCUCUCGUAAGGCCGACGUCUCCGUCCCUUUCAGGAGGGGAUAGC